AUAAAUUUUAGUUUCUUCUGGGUCUGAAUGUGAUGAAAAUGUGACAUGUUUACUUUCUAUUUGUUGCUUUUUUGGUACCAGUGUAAUUAAAGCAUGUAUUAUACAUGGCCCCAAAGGAUUUUUUUACAUAUAUUUUUGUUGGAGAAAUUUGUUAAACUUAUUUCUGUUGUCACGUGAAGUAACAAUGGCAUUAUCCACAUUUUGUGGUUUGGGGCAGGACCAGUUUAGUACUCGCAAUAUGUAUCUGCUACAUCAGAUGUGUUUAGGUACUAGAACAUGGUGAUUUAUGGUUCCUUUUAUAAUAGUGAAAUAUUAAGUGAAGUUCUUGAAAAUGUCAUUCCUAAGUAACUUAAAGAAGGUUCUCCACUUGGGUGGAGCCAAUGAAGCAAAGAAAAAGAAGGUGUUCAAUAAUAUUAAGAUGGACUGUAAUCCUGAGGAUUUCUGGGAAAUGGUUGGUGAACUGGGAGAUGGUGCAUUUGGAAAGGUGUAUAAGGCUCAAAAUCUUCAGAAUGGACAUUUUGCAGCAGCUAAGAUGUGUGCCCUUGAAGGAGAAGACGAUCUCUCAGAUUUCAUGAUAGAAAUAGAUAUUCUUUCUGAAUGCAAGCACCCAAAUAUAGUUGAUCUUCAUGAAGCUUUCUUCAACGAUGGCAAACUUUGGAUGCUGAUUGAAUACUGUGAUGGUGGUGCCCUAGAUUCUAUAAUGGUGGAGCUUGAGAAACCGUUGACAGAGCCCCAGAUUGCCUUUGUAUGCCAGCAGAUGUGCAUGGGCCUUGAGUUCCUGCAUCAAAGCAAAGUUAUCCACCGAGACCUCAAAGCUGGCAACGUUCUUCUCACUAUGACUGGAGGAGUCAAAUUAGCUGACUUUGGUGUGUCUGCAAAAAAUAAAUUUACGUUGCAGAAGCACGAUACAUUCAUUGGGACACCUUAUUGGAUGGCUCCAGAAGUUGUUUUAUGUGAAACAUUUCGGGAUAAUCCAUAUGAUUUCAAGGUUGACAUUUGGUCACUUGGAAUAACCUUAAUUGAAUUUGCUCAAAUGGAACCUCCAAAUCAUGAAAUGUCUCCAAUGCGUGUUCUACUAAAGAUUCAGAAGUCAGACCCUCCAAAACUGGAUCAGCCCUCCAAGUGGUCGAGGGACUUCAAUGACUUCAUUGCGAAGUGUCUUACCAAGGAUCCUAGUCAAAGGCCCACUGCUGAUGAUCUUUUAAAGUAUCCAUUUAUAAAUUGCACUCUGGACUCUAAGCCAGUUCGGGAUUUGCUUCUCGAGUACAAAGCCGAGGUAGUAGAAGAAGAAUUAUUGGAUGAUGAAGCAGAGGAGCACCGCACGUCCCAGCUUCCCUUGGACCUGGACACUGGCGAAGAUGACUCAACUUCCCUCAAGAGUGACACUGAUAUAAAAAUGCCUGAGGUGGGAACUCCAUCUGAGAUUAAGGAUGAAGCCGAGGGACUGAAGAGAGAAGCCGAAAAAGAUAUUGAUACGAGCGAGAGAAAGAAGAGGAAGUGUGAAGAGGAGAAAGAUUCCAAUUCCAUUGAUAACAACAAGACUGCAGUGACAAAGAAACUGUCUGAGGGUACUGAGAAACGAUCUUCACACGAUAAAGGUCCAGCUCCUCCUCCUCCCAUAGUAGCUGCGAAAACAGAUGAACCAGGUACUUUGGAGGAUGGUGAUUCUGGCACCUCAUCUUCCCCAGACAGGAAAUUGGCGACUGAAUCGUCGGAAUCUCUCUUCAGGCCCGAACCAUCCUCCGUCCAAUCAAAAUCAGGCAGGCAGCCCCCUGAAUCUUUAUCACCAAUGUUGCCUAUUUCUGCAGCAUCCCCUGUAAUCUGUCCCAGCAUCGGCAGCGAUCUGUCUAGGGAAGAACGAGGUGAUGACGAAGACAAAGUUACAAAUAAAGUUGAAUUGUCAGCCACAAAUACUUAUGAUAGGGGUGAUAAUUAUGUGGCGCCAGUGGACAAGCCGACACCAAACAUAGCAGUAGUGACAACCGUAUCUGAUGACAAACCUGAUGAAGUGGCAAGCAGUGCAUCUGGAGAUGUUACAGUAUUUUCAGGUUCAACUCUGUUGGAUGCUGCACAUCCAGAGCCUAAAUUAAACAAGUCCACAGUGACAAUCACAACUGAUUCACACGAAGAUAUGAACUUGUCGUCUUCUUCUUCUGGAAAUGUAACACAAGUGACAGUGGUGACAACACAUCCCCCAGUUCUUUUGCCCCCAAUGGAGAGUUCUGCCCCAUUAAAGCCCCCUUCUGGGACUUCCACAACACCCCCCACUGUGAUUGUGACAUCUACGGCAGAUAAGGGCAGUGAGGUGAUUAUUGUGGCCAAUGAAACUAACAAAACGCAGAUAAAUGAGUCAUCAACAGAUGAUGAUCCAUACCUGCUACUGGAUUCACUUGAGUAUACCUCGCAGUCUCAAGAACGGCCAAUCAGCAUCAUUAAGGGGAAGAAGUUGGAUGAGAGUGAGGUCCUUAUUGUAAGUCCAAGCUUUGUCAGCGUGGAUAAUGAAGAUGGUAAACUAGGGCUGAGCCACCAAGGUCGAGCACUGGAGGACUCCACGGCAGACUACGAUGAAGACGUGGACUUCCAGCAGUCGCAGGACACAAGUCAUGUUUCUGUUGUGACAGUUGGUGAAGAAAAGGAGCACGUGAAAGAUUCUGCUUCUACAGAUGGUGCUGACUCUCGAAUGCAUAGUUUGCACAGUGAUGACAGGAGUAGCAGGAGCGAUUCUGUGUUUGCAGGUCCUGAGGACGAGUCUGUUCGAACAUCAAUUCUAGUAGAAGGCAUGACACUCGGUACAACAGAUGUGGACAGGUUGACUGAUAACAAGAGACUGAAUGGGGAUGUGAUUGGUUCUUCGCGGCAGAGCAGUGAGGAAGUCUUGAUUGUUGUAAACAACUCCACUAAUGUACAAAGAAGAGGUAAGGAGAAAAUUGAUCACACUCCGACUCCCCUAAAAGACAAGCGAUCGUCACCUGAAUAUUACGAGAGUUCAGCCACUGAAUCAAGGUCUCAGUCUGAUAGUGGAUCAACACGAAGCAGUGGUCAGAGAACUCCACCGUCAUCACUAAGCAAAGCAGCGGAUAGGUCUGAUGCUGAGAGCGUGUCGACCACCAUAAGUCAAGAUAGCCGAGGCAGUAAUAAGGAGAACAGACGUGGCCGAGAAUCUCGAAACUCACGGGACUUAGAUGAUGAAGUUGUGUUACGACGCAAACCAGAAUAUAAUAGGGAAGCAAAUCGCAGUGGCCGUACUAAAGAAGAUAUUCAGAUGAUGAACCUUAAGAAAAAAACUCGGAAGAGAACCCGCAAGUUUGAAAUUGAUGGCGUUGUUGUAACAACCACCACUAGCAAGGUUAUCUAUGGUGACGAAGAAAAUGGAAAGGUGUAUGAUGACCACAUAUUCAGGAAGCAAGAACUCAGGGAACUGAAGAUGCUGCAGAAACAAGAACAGAAGCAGUUUCAGGAUCUGUCGUUCAAAGCACAGUUUGCCAAAGAUCAACAGGAUAAGCGGUUUGAGCAAGAGAAGAUGACUCUGUUACGAACUUACGAGUCAGAUCUCGAUACGUUAGUCAGGCAGCAGAGGCAGCAAGUCGAGAAGGCAGAGAUGCAGGAAGAAGCGGACUUACGCGUGUCUUCAAAGAAAAUACGCGCAGAGCAGGAACGGGAGCUAAAACAGUUCCGAGAAGGACUCAAGCAGGAACUGCGCUUGCUGAAACAAGAAGUCGAUCUCAUGCCUAAGGACAAGCGCAAGAACACGUUCAGAGUCAGGAAGGAAAAAUUGGAGGCAGAUCACGGAGAAAGGGAGAAGCUGUUCCUAGAAAAGCUUAAUGAGAACCACGAAUCUUCUCUACGACGACUGAGUGACACUCACAGAGAGAAAAUAGCCCUAAUGGAGCGGCAGUUCCUGCAACAGAAACAGCAGUUAAUGCGCGGAAGAGAAGCGGCUUUGUGGGAGUUGGAAGAAAGACAGAUACAUGAGAAGCAACAGCUUGCCAAGAGACAGCUGAAGGACAUCUUUUUCUUACAGAGGCACCAGAUGCUGAUCCGACACGAAAAGGAACUGGAACAGAUUAAACGUAUGAACCAGCGGAAAGAAGAGGAACUCAUAAAGCGGCAAGCAGUUGAGAAACGUGCCCUUCCAAAGCGCAUUCGUACUGAAAUGAAAGCUCGAGAGAUGAUGUUCCGUGAGUCGAUGCGUAUCAGCAUGGCUACCCCACCUGACCCUGAUGAGGAGAGAGACAGGCUUAAGAAAUUCCAAGAAAAUGAGAAGAAACGUUACCGGGCAGAGCAAACACGGUUUGAGGUGAAGCAUUCACGUCAGCUUGAGGAACUUCGUGCGACAUCUGAGGCAACCAUCAAAGAAUUGGAACAGCUUCAGAAUGAGAAGCGAAAGAUGCUGAUGGAACAUGAGACCAUGAAACUGAAGGAACAGGAAGAAGCCUACAGCCGCGAGUUGAAGGAAUGGAAAGGCCAACUGAAACCUCGCAAGCAGCAUUUGGAGAUGGAGUUUGCCCGUGCUCAUGAGCUCCAGCAGUAUGGUGGCAUUUCACUGGCGAUGGUCAGCGCUCAACUCCAGAAUCGCCUCAGCAUAUCCAACUUCCCGUACAAUUUCCAUGUUCCACGGCCUUCUUUGUCCUCUAGUACUGUGGUGUCUUCACCCACGCUUACUCCUGUUGUGGAACGCAUUGAGCAUCAAUUAAACAGCAAGUCAGCUCCAAAUUCUGGUCCCAGUUCUCCGCUUGCCCUUCCCCACAUUCCACACGUUCAGCGAUCUCCUUCCUCAUUGACUCUCAACAAAUAUUGAAGCUUCUUUCUAAACUCAAGACGCUUAAUUCCGAUCUCUUGCAAGUGGAAGUAACGCAUAAAUCUGCAAAUAUUGUAUUACAUUGGUGCAUAAAGCCUGUCCAAGUGGGACUUUUUUGCUUUUAAGAUUUGAAAGUGAAGAAUAAAAUGGACAGGAUGAAGUGAACAGAUGAUUUGAUUAUGAAAGAAAUAAUUUCAAUUUCAAUGGCAGUAUAUUUUGUGCAGCCCUGUAGACAACGGUUGAAAGUCCAUAUUGGAACAAGGAGUUGUUAUAAUAAUCUACCAAAAGAAUAUAAAACUGCAGCUAAAAAGAAACAUUUUUAAGAAGACCUAGCAGUUGGUGAUCCUGUUUUGAAAUUCCUAUGCGUAAUCUUCCACACCUAAUAUUUGGAAGGACCAUGAGGAUGAUUUGUUUAUCAGAGAUACAUUCAAUCUUAUUGGUUUAGGAUUAGAUGCAAACGUCAGGAAAGCACAUGAGAAUUCAUACAUUCCUGCAUCAAUCCAUUGAAUGUAAAAGCGAUGUAUUUAAAAUUUCACGAUUUGAAUUUUUGUCUACUGAACUAAAAAAAGUCUUACUGUAAGAAAAACAGCCUUUCUAUUUCUAAUAAUCUUUAACGCAUAUUCAUAAUCAUGAGACAGUGAGGAGGCUUCAGACUAAGACAUUUGCUGAACUUCUGGUGUAAUUUCAUUUACUGCACUUCAUGUUUCGUGCACUACCUUUGUACCCCGUGAUCUGUCCUGAAAGCUAUAUUUAAAUGAUCAUACAGGUUGACUGCAUGAGAAUUUCAAAGUCUCAAGGGGCACUUGUUUGAUUUAAUUUGUUAAUCAUAGAUAUCUGGAGACAUCUGUGGCUUUCAUUAUUUAUAUAACUGGGUUUUCAUAAAUGUGAUAUAGUCUACAACUCUGUGUGGUUACACUCAAAUACUGAUUUAUGGAAUUGAAGUACAUUUUGUCAUUACAUUGACCAUUGGAAAUAGACCGCAUAGUGGUUCAGUCCCGGGUAAGACGUUAAACUGCGUCCACAAACCGAGUGACCACCGGUAAAAGUGGUCUCCCUCCACCAAGUGCCAGCAGCCUUUUCGGAGGGUGGAGGAGUGGGUGGAUGGAGUAGGGACACCCUCUUGUCCCUGGGGGUGAGAAAUCACCCCCAAAGGCGGAUGAACCAGACAUGGCCAACAGCAUAGGAUGUGGAAGGCAACAGGAAACCAGAACAUUAAAUAUCCUUGUGAUGUCCCUAGUUCUACUGAACUGACGCAAAAAAAAAAAUAGUGCAGUUCCACUGAUACCUGUCUGUGGACAGAUACACGAUGAUGAUGAUGGUUCAGACUAUAUUCCCUCUGCCGGCUGCCAUAACCAUGUGCAUGAAAAGACUAAAAUAAUUGCAACUAAUGACUUAUUUGAGUUUUGGAAUUAAUGAGCUACAUAUUUGUUCAUUGUCAUAACAUUGUGCUUUGUGUUUAUUUUGGGAAAUGCAAGCUCGCUCAAAUUAUCACACUUUGUUCUUUGUGUGUUUUGCUUAUAAUUAGAAUGUUAUCCUUGCAUUGUUUCCUCAGUGGUGUUCCGACAUAGGCCUACUUCUGUGUUGGGGGUCUUUGCCAGACGGGCAGAAUGUAUGGGCUUUCAAUCAGUGUGAUAGAACCUGUCAUGGUUUAUACUUUGUAAACAUGUAUUUUUUUUGUAUGUGGAAAAGAUAACAUUAAUAUCUUAUUAUUCAUU